CUAGAAGCCCAUCCAGCCAUCCUUCCUGUGGGCCUGGUUGACCUGAAGCAGCUUCCAAGAUGUCCCAGCAGCAACACACUCUGCCAGUGACCCUGCCCCCGGCCCUCAGCCAGGAGCCCCUCAAGCCUGUUCCUCCUCCCGCUGAUACCCAGCAGGAGCAGGUGAAGCAGCCAACUCCACUGCCUGUCCCAUGCCAGGAGGUGCCCUCUGAGCUCCCAAGGGAAGUCCCCUUGGAGCAAGGAGAGAAACACACAACUCCUGUGAAGGGGGUGCCGGAGCAAGACUGUGAGCCCCAGCCCCAAAAGCUACAGCAGCUGGAACAGCAGCUGGAACAGCAGCAACAGCAGCAAGAGACACAGGAGCAGGAACUGCACCUGGAAGAGCAUCUGGAACAGCAGCAGCAGGAGGAGCAACAGGAGCAGAAAGGGCAGCAGCAGCAAGAGGAACAGCAUGAGGACCAGGAUGCGGAAAAGUUGGAGCAGCAGCUGGAGGAGGCUAAAGCACAAAGGGAGCAACAGCUAAAGGAGCAGCUGGGACAGGAGAAGAAGCUCCCAGACCAGCAACUGGAUGGAGAGGUAGCAAAGAGAGAUGAGCAACUGGAAAAGAAAGGAGAGCAGCUGCCGGAGCACCCGGGGCAGCAGGAGGAGCAGCCAGAGCCAGCAGAGCAGCAGGACGGGCAGCUCAAACAACCUGCAUGUGUCCCAGCUCCUGGCCAGGCCCAAGAGACCCACCCAGUCCAGCCACUGAAGGGGGAAGGCUUGCCCCCUGCAGAGGAGCAGCAGCAGAAGCAGGAGGUGCAGUGGCCUCUCAAGCAUAAGUAACCACCCCCAGAUCCCAGAGGCCCUCAGGCCACUGCACAUGAAGUGAAGAGAGAGCUGAACCAGUGGCCUCACUUACCUCAGGUCCCCCAGUCUGGACGGCCCACCUCAUCUGUGAACCUGCCUGACCCUGUCCCUCUGCUUGUCUCUGUGAUAGAGUGGGAUGAGGGAGGGGGAAGCUAUUGCCCAGCACCUACUCCUGAUGACUCCAGUCCCACCCCAUCCCAACCUCAGGUGGCCAGAGCCUCUGCCUGAAGAUAGUUACUGCAGUCGUCGCUCUGACGCCAUCCCCAGUAUUAUAGCAGAAUCUGUGAGU